AUGGAUGAACAGGAAGAGGAUAGAAAGUCGCGAUUAGCGGCAUUGAGGAAGAAUAGAAAUAAAAAUAAAAAUAAGUCAAGUGAAGAAAGUGUAUUCAGUAGAACACUUGAAGCUCAACAAGUCGAACAACUCCUAACAGCAGAAGUUCCAGAAUCAUCAGAUUCUACAACAUUGGAAUCUCAGGAGACUACGAAUCAGGUGCAGGACCAACAUUCCAGUUUAAAGGAUGAUACAAUUCCAAGUUUGAGUAUAAGCAAUGAAGAAGGUCAAGAAGAUACAGUAGAGGCCAUAUCUGCAAAACUUCAGGAUGAGAUAUUUAACAAAGCUCAUAAAGAAGCAAUUGAUACAUCAUUUGAUAUAGUACGAGAAGAAACUAUAUCCAAAAAGAAAUAUACUGAAGAUUUAGAGUCUGACAUUGCUGUCAACUUAAAUAAAGCAAAGUUCUACACUAAUAAGGCUAUAAACCGAUUACUACAACAAAGAUAUACAGAAUCAGUUACAGAGUAGAACAGAUAAUAAAGUAAGUAUUGUAGCAAUUAUUUAUAGAUAAUGAUUAUAUAGAGAUGAUGACAGUAAAUAGAUAAUGAUAAUAUAUAGUUAAUGAGAAUACAUAGAUAACGAUAAUGAAC